AAAAAAUUGCCCGGCAAAUUAAUUUCACAACAAAGGCUCCGAAUAUUUUUCUGUUUUUUUCCAUUUUCUGAAGGUUUUUCGCUGAAAAUUCGCCCAAAAAAUCAAUGACUCACCAUUUUCUGCAAGUAAAUUUUGAAGAUUCAAGUGCCAUUAUCCGUUCCAGCGACUGGGAAAGCGAAUCUCCAUCGAUACAAGUCCUAUUUUCCAACAAUUCGCAACUUUUUGAAGGAAACGUAUCAAAAUCCAACUGGAACGACUUUGCUUCUUGCUUCCUGGAAGAUCCUGAAACGUUUUUUGAGCAAAAUAAACUUGCCUUGACCUGUUCGGAAGCUGCUAAAAAUUACAAAUAUUCACUACGGAAGGAUUCGGACACAAAAAUUACUUUAAUUUGGUCAAAAAUCCUCGAAGGAACUGCUUUUGCCAAGUGUGGCGAAGUCGAAUUGAGCAUUUCAAGCAGUUCUGUCUUUGAUUUCGUCUCAAAUUGCGUCAAAACAGUCGGUGAACUGACAAAAGAACUUGAAGUUAAUAGAAAAAAGUCGGAAAAAGUCACUGAGGAAGUUUCCCGCUUAGAAAAGGAAUACGAAGCAAUCGUUCAAGCCAAAGUCGCUUCCGAAGAGAGACACUUUGCGAGUUUUCGUGCCCUUUUGAACUCCAAAAAACGCAGAAUUCGCGAUUUAGAAGCCAAAGAAGACUAGAAAAAUGCCGCGCGGAAGAGCUCGUCGCCCUCUCACGAGUGACAAUGACGAUGACGACAGCGAACAAGAAAUUUCUCAGAGCCAAUCUCGCGGCAGAAAGUCACAAAAGCUCUCACAAACGCCCAAAGAGGCCAUUAGCUCGGCGCAAAUGAACAAUUUUGUCACAAAAACCGUCAAAAUGUUACUUCCGUAUGCCGCAUCGAAGCUUGCCGUGAAACGCGCCGACUUGACAAAAGAAGCAAUGAACGGGGAACAGCGCGUAGCUGCUCAAGUCAUAUCGUUGGCACGAGAUAAAUUGAAUCAGAUUUACGAUUUGGACGUUGUUGAGUUAAAAGAACCGAAAAUCAAGCAAUUUAUUGUUGUCAGCAUGAAACCAGCGGCAAUUUUCGAUGAAUACAUGGAAGAUGAGAAGCCGGAAAUUGUUCUUUUGUAUCUGAUUCUGGAAUAUAUUUACAUGCAAAAUGGAGAGAUAUCGGAUUCUGUGUUAUAUGAGUAUUUGAGACGCUUUGAAAUUCAUUUGGACGAAGAACAUGAGUAUUUCGGGGACGUGAAGCAUUUGAUAAAUGACGUUUUCCCGAAACGGCAUUAUCUGACAUUCGUUAAGCAUAUCUCGGAAGGCGCUCAUACCGAAAAGACGACAAUCAAAUGGGGCGAACGCGCCGAACACGAAAUCCUCAAGCGCGAAAUGUUAGAUGCCGUCGCCGAAUCACUUGGCUGCGAGUCAACGACAUUCCUGCAGCAAUACGAGGACGCCUACGGUGCCGAUCCGAACACUUUGCAAGAAGAAAUCGAAAACUUACAAAUGUCCAGUCAACCGGGGCCUUCGUCAAAGCCUCGGGGACGUCGCAGUCGAGCUGCACGCGCUGAAGCAAUGGAUGUUGAUGACUCUGACUAACUUUUUUCCGUACAAAAAUCCAAAAAUUUAACUCUAAACUUGAUUAAAAAUACAAUUUAUUUAAUUAGAAAUUAAAAAUUUGACGUCCUAAGUAGACGACUGUCGAUAUCCUUUGGUAUUUAGGAUCUUUUUGCCGCACAUCGCACAAAUUCCCUUCUUGUAAGCGCACGCCUGACAGUAAUAAGCUCCCUUUUGAUGCGUUUUCGACCGACAAAUUCGACAAGGUCUCAGCUCUCCGAUCGGAUUGAAGCGCUCCUUGGAACUUGUGAGUGCCUUGUUCUCGUUAAUCUUCCUGCCGCCCUCUGUGGUAUUGCGGGCGCCCGAUUUCCACGGGUCUGGCGUCACUAUUUUCGCUAAUUUUGCCUCACAUUUAUCGCAAACCAUCUUUUCUGUUGAU